AUGGUUAAUGGUGUCAACCGCAAGACAUCUUCUACCCCAACCUCGUUCGCCCUCUCUUCCAUCGCACUUAAAACCUCUCAAACUUUUCCCCCCCUCAUCCCGCACCAUAUGCCUCGACUCUCCCGGACCAACCAAACCAUCACCAGCGAAUGA